AUGAAAUUUUCUCAUUCUUUGCAGUUUAAUGCUGUCCCUGAGUGGUCGUCAAAAUAUAUUUCAUAUACCACCUUAAAGAAGCUUAUCUAUUCAUUGCAGAGGGAAUCGUUGAGACGCCAGAAGGAUGAUUUGGAGUCUGCCCACUUGAUUUCCAACGAAGUCGCUCAAGGAAGUGACCCCUCCACUGUUUUCAUAGCAGCAUUAGAUUCCGAGCUUAAAAAGAUAGAUGAAUUCUAUCGUGGACAGGAACGGUAUAUCUAUAACAAUAUCGACGAACUUAUUAAGGACAUUGACGACUUUGAGAAUGAUUUGGACCUGAUGUCAAACAGCGAGCAUCGUGAUUCAUUUCAAGGAUUUGACUUGCGCAAAUUUAAACUGAAUGCAAGCGCUAAUACAACUGGUGACUUUCGAGGAAAGAGAGACUCUGAUGUUUCAGUUGACAACGCCCCCUUAACAACAGACCCAGAGACUGAGAUUACUCAAGAUGAGGCUGAAUUGGAAGAUGAGGCUAAUGACAAUAUUAGUGAUUACAGAGGAGGGAGCCCUAAAGGUUCACGGUUGAGAAAAUCGAAGUCUAUUGACGAAUAUUUAAGGACGCCCAAGAGUAUGACGGCCUGGGAAUCAAACUUAAAUUCAUCAUCAAUGCUUCCACCACAACUUCUCCUAUUGUCAGAAUCGAGAGUUCUAUUGAGAAAACGAGUUAUCGGGUUAUAUACUACAUUAUCCGAACUCAAAAGUUUCAUCGAGUUGAAUCAGACGGGUUUCAAGAAGGCAUUGAAAAAGUUUGAUAAGUCUUUGAAUUCUAAUUUGAAAGAAGAAUAUUUGUCAAAGUUAUCUGAAAGAUCUUAUAUUUUCGAACCUUCAACAUUGAAAACCGUUAACGAUAAACUUGAGGCGCUAGUAAAGGUAUAUGCUGUGAUCUGCAAUCACGGAAACGAUUUGGAAGCUGCCAAAUCCGAACUUUCCAUUCAUUUACGAGAACAUGUCGUUUGGGAGCGUAAUACGGUUUGGAGAGAUAUGAUUGGGUUAGAACGGAAGUCACAGGCGGCUCAACAUUUGAAGGGAAAGAAGUCGGACGAUGAGAGAGAAUCAUCUGCUUCAACAUUGACGGUUUCAUUUCAAAGUCCGACAUUGCUCAAAUUCACGCUCAUUGUUGCUGUUACUAUUGUACUUAUGAACUUUUCUCCUUUUGGCGAUACAGCUCAAAAGAAUUGCUUUGCUUUGCUUGUGUGUGCAUCCCUCUUAUGGGCUACGGAAACAAUUCCUUUAUUUGUAACAUCGUUGGUGAUUCCACUCUUAAUUGUCAACUUUGGAGUGCUUAAGAACCCAGAUGGUUCAUUAAUGAGUACCGUUGAUUCAUCGAAGUACAUAUUGUCGACCAUGUGGAAUUCUGUGAUUUUACUUUUACUCGGUGGUUUCACGCUUGCAGCAUCACUCACCAAGUACAACAUUGCGAAGAUGUUGUCUACUUGGAUAUUAUCGAAAGCAGGUACGAAUCCCUCAGUUGUUUUAUUGACCAUCAUGAGUAUUGCAUUGUUUGCCUCGAUGUGGGUUUCGAACGUAGCUGCGCCAGUUUUAUGCUUUUCAUUGAUUCAGCCAUUACUUCGAACCCUUCCCAAGGAUUCGCGUUUCAUUAAUGCGUUGAUAUUAGGAAUUGCAUUAGCUUCAAAUGUGGGAGGUAUGGCUUCACCGAUAGCAUCGCCUCAGAACAUGAUUGCAAUUGGUGCUAUGGAUCCUGCACCAUCUUGGGGUCAAUGGUUUGUUAUCGCACUUCCCGUUUGUAUCCUCAGUUUGUUGCUUAUUUGGGUUUUUUUAUUGAUAACUUUCAAUUGCAAUGCAAGAAACACUCAACUUGUUCCCAUCAGAACCCUAAAUGACAAAUUCACUAGGGUCCAAUGGUAUAUUGUUGCUGUUUCAAUUGGCACAAUUUUAUUAUGGUGCUUUGCAUCAAGAUUAGAGGGAAUAUUUGGUGAAAUGGGCAUAAUUGCAUUGCUUCCCCUCAUUCUCUUCUUCGGGCCUGGUUUGUUGUCUACUGAAGACUUCAACAAUUACCCCUGGAAUAUUGUUGUGCUUGCUAUGGGUGGAACGGCCCUAGGAAAAGCAGUUGCAUCAUCGGGACUACUUUCAACUAUCGCUGUUACAAUUCAACGAGAGGUAGAAGAUUUUUCGUUGUUUGGAGUAUCUCUCACGUUUGGACUUUUGAUUUUGAUUAUGGCCACGUUUGUAAGUCAUACUGUUGCUGCGUUAAUUGUGGUUCCCCUAGUUGCAGAGAUUGGAAGUAGCAUGGACGACCCUCACCCACGUUUGCUUAUCAUGAUCAGUGCUUUGCUUUGUUCUGCUGCCAUGGGGCUACCUACUUCAGGUUUCCCAAAUGUUACAGCCAUCUGUAUGACGGAUGAGUUUGGCAAGCCAUACUUGACGGUAAAUACCUUCAUUACUCGUGGAGUGCCAAGCUCCGUGAUUGCAUACAUAAUAAUUGUGAGUGUUGGCUAUUCCACCAUGAGGUUGAUCAACUUCUGA